AUGCCGGGCAAGCAUGGUACUCCUGGGGCACCAGGCCGCGACGGACGUGACGGACGUGAUGGCCGUGAUGGAGCUAAAGGCGAUCAAGGAUUGCAGGGAAAGACUUGACCUCAGGGACCUCCUGGUGAUAAGGGACCUGCUGGUGUAAAGGGAGAGGUAGGGGCUAAAGGAGAAACUGGAGCCCAGGGUCCUCCCGGUCAAAUAUGGGAACUUGACCCGAUGCCGUUUAAGAAUUGGAAAGAAUGUGUCUCGAAAAACGUGAAUGAUGGAAAGGAUAGUGGUCUGAUCAAGGUGAGUCGUGCAUUGGCGAUUGAUCGGCAUACAAUUAUCAAAUUUACACACAACAUAGAGCAUGCAGCAGCCAUUUUCCAGAAGGCCUUUUGCAUACCAACGAAUAUCUAAAGGCUUCUGGCCGCGCACUCAUUAUAAAGCGACAUUCUCUAUAUAGCAGCCUAGUUACACACGUAGGCUUGUAUACGGAAUUCUGUAGGCAGAAUUUCGAGCGCGUAAGGUACUCUUUCCAGUAUUGUCAAUGGUAUUCACUAUUGGUCAUUAUCAAAAUAAAACUUGAAAAAAAAUAUAAAUAUAUACUAUAUAUAUCGUGACGCGACGAAUUAUGGACAAAGUGGCUUAAUUUACUGUGAUUAAAUUUUAGCUCAUGUUCUUGAACCAUAAUUAUAAAUAGCUUUUGCAAUACUAGUAUGUACUUGUAUGGUUCUGCUAAUAAAGCUUGUAGUUGUUGUUGUUGAAUUCGAAACUUCAACAUCCCCCAAGGCCCCGCCCCCCUACCCCUGGGCAUUUGAACUUUUUAAGGCACGCCUGAUCAAGUUCUCCUUCUCUCCUCCGCAAAGGCCCACGCUGGGUAUCCCAUUGUCUCCCGCGCGCUUCCUUUUUCUCUCUCCCCAGCUUCACUACGAUACAGAGAGGCCUUUGCGGAGGAAAGGGAAAUUCUCCUUAUACAUUACGGCCUAAUGUAGUAGUCAAAUGACUCUCCCAAAGAAGAAAUGUUUUGAAGAUUAUAUGUUGUGUGGAAGAAAGGUAAAUGUUUCGGACGUCUAAAAGUAAGUCGGGCUUUUAUCUUCCGGUCAUGAUAAUAUAUUUUGUAUUGAUGAAACUUGGUGAACUUUAUGAUGUAUCUGAGCGGGAACCUGUCCCCUCAAGGAACCAAAUUAGGGCCUUGGCUUUUUUUGAUUAUGAUUAACGACCUUGUUGUCAAAAAUGCACGCUUAUGGAAAUAUGUAGAUGAUACCACUAUCUCCGAAAAAGUCGCGAAGGGGGAACUUAUAAUUAGCAACGCCCAACGUACUAAAGAUAGAGUAGUGCAAUGGUCAAAAACAGAGUCCAGAAAUGCGAAUAUCCUUUACAAAAUCCCAGCAAGAAUUUGAGCCCAUUCUCAUUAACGGCGAUGCUUUAGAAGUUGUAGAGAGUGUAAAGUUAUUGGGUCCCAAUAUUUCCAGUGAUUUGACCUGGAAUAUCUAUAUUAAUGAAACUGUUAAGAAGGGCUACAAGAGAUUAUAUAUUUUUUGGUACAACUUAAGAGAGCUAAGGUUACUCGCACUGAUUUAGGGCUCUUCCACUCUAGUUGUUUUAGAUCAAUUAUGGACUAUGCACUACUAUCCUUUCACUUCAGUUUGCCUAAAUAUUUAACGCAAGAAUUGGAACCUGUACAGAAGAGAGCAAUGUCCAAUGCUAGCUAUCAUUAGGCUCUUGUUAUUGUGAAAUUUAAGAAAAUAGCAACCCACCAUGACGAAAUAUGUGAGACACCUUUUCAAACAGUUGUCAAUGACAACAAUCGCCGUCUUUAUAAGUUAUUACCUGCACCGCACGAAUCUACUUAUUCAUUAAGGCGUGCGCGAUCUUUUAACAUGCCACGUUUUAAAACUGACCUUUUUAAGAAUAGCUUUAUUAUCUUUUCAUGUCUUAAAGCAACUAACAGGUUAAAGUUUUCAAAUUUCGCAGCUUGUAUUUCGAUAACUUUCUUUGGCAUCUCAUCUCUCGUCAGCUUCUUUAUUCCUUUUAAUUAAGAUAGAUUAGUUAAUGCUUAGAUCUAUAAUUUAAGUUUUGUAACGUAAAUACGUAAUUCAGUUUUCGAACUGCUAUGUAUUUAUGAAUUAAUAAACUUCAAACAAAAAAAGGGCGGGAAAUUAGGGUCAUGGUAACAAAACAGCAUACACUUAGCUUUUGAAGUAAAAAAAGCCAUUCGUUUACAACAGAUGUGUCUUAAACCGUUUCAAGUCUUCCAUCUAAUUAUGAGAAAGAUCGCAUCUAGCGACGUCAAAUACGUUGUCAGAAACCGGAACUUAAAAAAAGUUAAACUGGAGGCUUGCGGUUCAAUUCCCCACCCCUAGGCACAAGUGAUGGUCAAAUGCCCGGGUUUUGCCGGGGAAUGUUAAGGUUUCGAAUUGGUCGGCGCCAACGACUUCCAGCUACCAAUAGGCGUGACAACUGGAAAGUCAAAGUUCUAGCUGAAAACAGUCUCUAACGCUGGAUGAAGGGUUUGGGAGGUGGAGGGAAGGACAAGUAACGGGGGCACCGUUUCUACGGGGUACGUCGAAGAGGGUCAAAUUAAAAACCUAAAGGUGCAUGAUCAUCAUAAUGGUGGAUCUACUCCUAGCCAGUAAAAUCUUGUAUAGCACAAAAUUAAAAAAAUGCAAGGCUGACUACAGCAGUAGAUUAUAUUAGUUCCUUUUUCCGAAAAAGGAUAAAUUAAGUCUCCCAGCUGUGACGUUAGCCUUGAUCUUUACAUUCAUGACCUGAUUUAUUUGUCUAUCCAAAACGACCUCGAUCAAUAUUGGGCACUAGGCAGUUGCUAUUAGAUCUAAGCUAGAUUUACGUUUUAGAUUUCAUUAAUCUGUUACUGAGCCUCUUCAUUAAUAGCGGAGCUCCCGCGCGCGAAGCGCGCGCAGCGGAGCACCAUGGGUAAGAAAAUUUGGUAAACUAUCCAUCCCAGAAAAUUUGGUUAUGACGUAGCGUACGCCCGUCCGUACACACACUUCAUGUAAGCCGAUGUCAAAUGUCACAAUAGAUCUUGCACAACUUGACUAGCCUCUUAGUUAUGUAAGCCAUCCGCAUGAGUACGAUUAGAUUGACAGCUAUCAAAAUCAGACAUCCGCUGACAAUUAUCACAUGAUCGUCUCGCGGGCUCAGAUAAAAGACCAGUCGUUUUGCCGCUAUAUAUAAGCUGUUAUAAUAUGUCACACUUACCAAUUCAACAUAAAAACGAAACUACGUUGGGCAAAGCUGUCAGUUGGCUGACACUCGUUUAAAGUUACAUUGGCAAGCCAAAUUUAGGUCAAUUGACAGCUGUCAAAAUGGGACAUGUGCAGACCGCUAUCAGAAAACUAACAACGAGGGCUCAGGUUCGCUCAGGUACACGAUCUGGCAUUUUCCACUACAUGCCGCACGGAAAUGUCCUACUCACACUUGUAGUCUGUUAAUUCGAAUAUUCGCCAUUCUAAUGAAGGUUAAUUGACAGCUGUCAAACUAGAGUAUACGCUGACCAUCAUCACCUGAGUGGAUCGCGGGCUCAUUUUUCUAUCUAUUGAGGUCACGUAGUGUUUAAAGUUUUGCGCUGAUAUUUUAUUUGAUCACGGGCUCAAUUCGAAGCCCCAUAGCUUUAUAGAAAAUCUCUCCAUCCUAGAAAAUUCGGCAAUCACGUGACCGUACACCGACCUUCCGUCCGUCCGCACCACAGGCAUACCAAUGUUUAAUCUCACACUUUCUAGCUAGUUUGGGAACCUGCAACCUGAUAUUGUACAUCCAUGUUUUGAUUAAUUGACAGCUGUCAAAACAGUGUUUCUGCUGACCAGUAUCGCCUGACCGUAUCGCGGGCUCAGGUAUCGACCCUCUGACUUCGAGUAAUAUUUUGAAGGUAUUCGCUGACAAGUUGCUACUUUUCAAAUGAUCGCAGGCUCAAGUUCAAUUUUUUUAAAAUGCAUAUGAAAUAAGUCGUGUUUCAUGAGCCGCUCUUUUAAAAUGUUGAUUUCGAACUGAUCUCGGACACGAAAAUUCAACCGGCUUUUACAUUUACAUGCAGGGAAGGCAAUCGCUUUUGACUUUUCUCACUGUCACGCGUUGAUCACGCUCUACGUCCAAUUUUUAUGUUCUGAUUGGUCAAAAUUUGACAGGUGAGUUUAUGCGGAAAAUUUUUGCAGCGUCUGGAAACUUGCUUACUGAUAGCUGGAGCUGAGAGAGUUUUGUGUCAUCUUGUGAUGUUUUAAACUGUCUUUUUCUACUUGGUGUACAAAAUGAAAUACAGCUGCUAUCAAGAUUGUUCUGUAAUUCGUGGCUGGUUUGUUUAUUGCGCUUUUUGUUGACAAAUGCACCGCUUGUCAAAGUCAUUGGAAAUCCGAUUUCGGAUGGCAUCGUUUUCAAAAAUGAGCUUACUCACUUGCCCUUGCUUGAGGCGUAAGAAGGUUGAAAAGUCUCAAGCGAUUCUGGAACACUUGAUGACCUUCAGAAGCAGCAUCUUGACUGGUAAGCUUGAGCCAUUAUUGUUUUUGAUGUUUUUUUUUUUUUUUUUUCGGUUUCCUGAAGUCGAGCGUAUGGUUUAUGUGGCUUAAGUUAAAACACGAGCAAUGAUCUAACCUACAAUAGUAUCAGGUUUAAAAAGCCUUUAGACAUUUUUUGACCCGCAAAUUCAAAGAAAAGGUUCCGAAGAUUAUUUAGUUAUGAUUUUGCCUGUAAACAGAAAGCUCUGAGCGAUUUUCUUGCCUCGAGUUCAUCUUGAAAAAGAGCGAACACCGGGAAGCCGGCUUAAAACAUAAAUAAGCUUAUGCUUGCCUGACUCAUGAUUUUCUGAGACACUUUACUCUCAAUACUUCUCUUCGUGAAUGAAAAUUAUUGUCUCUGUACAUGUUUCACCGAAUUAAACUUAUUUUAUUGAUUGUUAGUAGUCCCUCUCGCAAUUUUCAUCGCUGCACCGGUUGUUUCCAGUCGAACAUAAACAUCGCAUGUAGGAAUACUCAAAACGCCGCGCGUAAAUAUCACUCGCUUUUAAAGAUUACACAUAACAAAAUCAUACACAGUUUAAUGAAUAAAGGGAAAUAAAACCUAAACAUAACAAUUUCUCUAUCAUGUUGAAGCGUAAAUGGUAACUCUAUUAAUCGCACUGCAAAUUUGGUGCCUGUCAAAAGUGAGAACCCGUCCGGCUGGCCGAAAAGUGAUUUUGGGAAUUUUUUUUAUCGUUUUCAUUAAAAGCCCAUAAUUAUUACCCCGCAUAUCACAUAGGACCAGAUUUUUCUAACAGAAAACGUUUUUUAAUUCAAUGCUAUAAUUUGUUGUGCAAAGGAAGCGCGUGCUUUGAUCGUCGUGGAUAUUGAAUGAGUGCAAAUUCUCUUGCAAAAUUGUGAAAAACUGCAGAAUUAUAGGUUUAAAUAGGGCAAAAAAGAACAAAUUCUGUCCGAGGUCUGUGUACUGUUUACCUGAGACGUGAUGAGAAAAAGUAUGUUUAAAAGGCUGGUUUACACGCCACCAGAUUCGUCGCCAAGAUUUACUAGUAAACUAAACUUGUCGAACACAAAAAAUCCGGCCUGAUUUUUAUUUUGGCCUCUCUUUUAGACAGAGGAAUGCAACGUGUAAAUUGGCUGCCACCAAGGACUAUCGUGGCGCAUGUGUUUCUUAAAAUUAUAUUUCGGGGUUGUCCAAUUAUCCAUAGUCUCUCUAACGGAGCAAUGUUGGAGAGACUGGUGAAUGCCACAUUAUGAUGCUACAGCUAAUGCAAAUACAAUACACGAAUAGGUCUAUUUGUUUUCCAGGCCUAAUCUACUGUGAUCGAACAUGAUUGCUAUUUUUCGGUGUACAAAUAACUUGAUGUAAAAUUUGUUUCACUCUUGGACGGUCAAAUUCUGAUUUUUCUCUAAAAUCACUCAGCCUUUGCCUCAAAAGUCAAAUGAAUGUGCCCUGAUCUGUGGAUUACAAGUUUAUUGUUUGAUUUAAGUUAUGAAUUUAUUAACGGGAGCUUCGCUUUUAGCCCUGGCUAAAUCUAUAUAUUAGAUUUUCUGUCAAAUUCUUUGUAUUUUUUUGUAGGACUGUGUUUUCACCAAAAACUUUUCUGAUACCGCCCUUCAUGUUUACUGGACGGGUACAUUGAGAAUUCAUCGCUGCAAUCACUGCUGCAAACGUUGGUACUUCACUUUCAAUGGCGCGGAGUGUUCUGCUCCUCUGCCCAUUGACGGAGUUGUCUACAUGGCGACGGGCGGUAAUAAAGAUCUUCAUCGCGUCCGCCAUAUUGAGGGGCACUGUAAUAACAUCCAUAAAGGAAAGGUGCGCGUGGGAUUCUGGAUCGGCAACUGCGCUUCAUAUGGAAACGCUGAUGGCGCAACAGGAUGGAAUUCAGUGUCCCGUAUAUUUGUUGAAGAAGUUCCUAAAGCUCAAGCUUAA